AUGCCACGCGCCCCUCGACGAGCAGCUCAUCAGGCACGCAACAAUGAAGUAACAACGACGCCCACACGGAAUGCUUUGAUUGCGGAAAUCCCACCCUCUAUGCUCGAAACACCGCCCCACGCGCCCUUCCUCACUUCUCCUUUACCUCCCUCAAAUAACCCGGGCGUUUCAAUUGUUGGGACCACUGCUGCACGACGUCAACACGUCCGAUACGCACCAACACCAAGCACACAUGGAAAUGGGAACCUUCAGAACGAGGUUGCUGAAGAGACGCAGGCGUCGCAGAAUGCUCUCGGCUCAACAGCUUCAGAAGGGGGUCACGCAGAGGAGCAGUCAUUACUUGAGUCCGUUCACCAUGAUAUCGAAGAUGCCAAACAACUCAAGGGCCUGCGUGACAUCUCAUCGUUAGCAACGUGGACUUUGUCCUCCACGAAGCCUGGCUGUGGGCUGGCACAACUUCGCAAUCCGAGUCCUACUUUAUUCUGGCAGAGUGACGGUCCGCAACCUCACACCCUGACGUUACAUUUCUUCAAGCUGGUUGCUAUUGUCAAAAUGAGAAUCUAUCUGGAUUUUGAGCUUGACGAGUCGUACACGCCGACGAAAAUGAAGUUCUAUGCGGGCAUGUCAGAGGGUAGUCUGGUUGAGUUCGGCACAUGGGAAGUCUUCGACACCGUCGAUCCGGACACUGGUGAGCCGCAGAAUAACAUUGAAGGUCUACGGGGCUGGAUCGACGUCCCACUUAAGGGGGUGGGCGGAAGAGAGCCACGCCACCAUGGAAUUUCGGAUAUGGGAGUCAGUCAGGGGGAACCCACGCUGUACCCUCUCAGCUCCGACCGCCAGGAGAACCCGGGAGGGGACGUGCUGAAAGCCAUGGUGGUGCAGAUUCGGAUUUGUGAGAAUCACCAGAAUGGCAAGGACACCCAUGUUCGAGGAUUUCAGGUAUUUGGACGAGACUACAACCACCAUCCAGAGAUGAAGAGCCACGUGAGGAAGACCAAAGGAGGAAAACAGAAAGAGACGCUUCAGGGUGUUGACGAUGCCGAUCGGAGUACUGGGCUCCAGAUGGCGGACUGGAUGGGUGACCCAGAGAUUCGAUAG